UCUCGUUUUGUGACGAUUCAAAAGAGCCCAUCCCACGUACGUUCUGAAUGUGAAACUAAUAUAAGAUACCAUGGUUGAAGAGCUAAGUUGUUAGUGGCAGCAUUAACACAUCAUAAGAUGGCCCUCCUAUUGUUUUUCUUCUAUCUUUCUCAGCUCGCUUUGGCUCAUGGUUCUGCUGUCAAGUUUCUUCCAGGAUUUGAAGGACCUCUUCCUUUUGAACUUGAAACCGGGUAUGUUGGUGUGGGUGAUUCAGAAGAAGCUCAAUUCUUUUACUACUUAGUAAAGUCGGAGGGGAAACCUAAAGACGACCCUCUUCUGCUUUGGUUGACUGGUGGCCCUGGAUGCUCCGCCUUCUCUGCUCUUGCUCUCGAAAUUGGUCCAUUGAAAUUCAAGGUCGACGUGUACAAUGGAAGCUUGCCUACGUUGGUAUACAACCCAUACGCAUGGACAAAGGUGUCAAACAUCAUAUUUAUAGAUUCACCAGUAGGCACAGGUUUCUCCUAUGCUAGAAACAAUCGUGCUGCACAAACCAGUGACUUGAAACAAGUUCACCAUCUCCAUCAAUUUCUUCGUAAGUGGCUGAUGGCUCAUCCAGACUUCAUUUCGAUUCCAGUCUAUGUUAGUGGGGACUCGUAUUCUGGGAUUCCAGUCCCAGUCCUUGCUCAAGAGAUCUCAAAUGGUAAAACCCUGACCUUAACAUCUUGUAGAGAUGAAGUUAGCACUUUCAUUUUCCCCCUUCAUCAUGCACGAAACGAAGGUAUCAAACCCAUAAUCCAUCUACAGGGAUACAUGCUGAGAAAUCCCAUAACAAGACGUAAUCUUGAAGAAAACUUCAUGAUUUCAUAUGUUCAUAGAAUGGGAAUAAUUUCUGACGAACUUUAUGAGAAAAAAAAUUGUAAGGGAGAAUAUCAAAAUAUAGAUCCCGAUAACAAAGCGUGUUUGGCAGAUGUUCGAUACUUGGAUGAAACUUACGAAUUAUACCUUUGUCUUUAUUGGGCUAUCGAUGCUGAUGUCCGAAACACUCUCCAUAUUAGGAAGGGAAGCAUAGCAAAAUGGCUGCGGUGCAAUCUUGAAUUCCCUUAUGACUCUGAUGUUCCAACUAGCUUUCCAUAUCAUGCCAUCCUCAGCGCCAAAGGCUACCGCGCUUUAAUAUACAGUGGCGACCAUGACACGGUGGUGCCAUACUUGGCAACUCAAGCAUGGAUAAGAUUUUUGAACUAUCCAAUUAUUGAUGACUGGCGACCAUGGAAGGUGCAAGGCCAAAUUGCAGGAUAUACAAGGACUUAUUCUAACAGGAUGACAUUUGCUACUGUCAAGGGAGGAGGGCAUACGGCUCCUGACAAGAAGCCUGCAGAAUAUUUUGCAAUGUUUAGAAGGUGGAUAUCAGGGCAACCUUUGUGA